AUGGGUAAACGAGAUCGGAAGAUAGCUAGAGAAUUGUUUGAACAUUAUUUAGAGUUUAUAAGUACGCAUCAAGUGGGACUUAUUUGUGCUUAUAAGACGGUUAGUCAGUUUUUGGUUGAGCGGUUGGAGAAGUUGCGGCAGAAGGUUGCAGCUAUUGUUUUAGAGUCGGAUUCAACUAAACGACUUAAUUUACACACUUCUUUGUAUACUUUUAACCUGAACUACUACCAUUUAUUUGUUCAUUAUCAGAAACGCUUACCCCAUUUGACUCGUCGGCCUAAAUUGGCUGAGGUUGAAGAGUUUGUCUAUAAGAGUAAAUUGAUUGGGCGUCCCCUGAAUAUUGGUCCGACUGAAGUAGAUCUAUGGGCUCGGUCUAACUUGCACAUGCUUAUGCAAGUAAAUGCUAGUUGUUAUGAAUCUUUAAGUGGUUAUGUCUAUCAUAAUCUUAUGGCUUUAUCUGGUAGUUUUGCUUAUAUUGAGAGACCUAGUUGGGAUAGUGGUAAGUUAUUACGUGCUUAUAAUCAGACGCAUCGGGAUUCAAAGAAAGUAACAAAUCUGGUCAAGAAGUACCAACAGGAGAUCAUGGCGUACUUAGGAGCUAAUCCAAAGGACGUAAUGCGACAGUAUGACUUACCGCCUUUAAUGCGCGAUCGAGUUAAUCAAAUAGCUAGGGGAGUACGUGCUCGUUUACGUAUUGGUGCAGCCGCUGUAUCUAGUUUUAAUAGUCUUGAUCGGAAAGUGGAUGAUCAGGAGUAUUCCUACUACCGUCGGGUCUAA